CGGCUGAGCUGGGGGUGGUUCUUCGGAGCUGGGAGGGAGGAGUCGAACAGACCCGGGCUUGGGGGUGACCAUGGAUGGUUGAGGGGUGCCGAGUUCAGAGGCGGCCCAUGCCGGCGGCCAUGGCCGAGGAUUACUGGGACUCGCAAUAGCAGUAACCGCCGCCAAGCAGUGACUCCAGCCCCUUCCCCAUCAUGGAUCGGAUGAAGAAGAUCAAGAGGCAGCUGUCCAUGACGCUGCGGGGGAGCCGAACUGUAGAGAAAAACCUCAACGAACCCAUCAAUAUAGAGGAAAACAAUAGCAGCGAUAAUGGCCCCACAGUGAAGAGUGUGCAUCCCAGCACCUCCCGCAGCGUUCACGCCUUCCUGCACCACUACGCAGGCUCCUUCCACAGGCCCCGUCUGGCCGUCAGCCGCAGCCUGAGCUCUCACCUCGGCCGCACCACCAGAUUAGAGAUUGUUCAUGAGGACCUCAAAAUGGGUUCGGAUGGUGAGAGUGAUCAGGCAUCAGGAACAUCAUCAGAUGAGGUGCAGUCUCCAGUCCGAGUGCGCAUGCGGAACAACCCAGCGCGCAAGAUUUCCACUGAGGAUAUUAACAAGCGCCUGUCACUCCCAGCUGACAUCCGUCUGCCCGAAGGCUACCUGGAGAAACUGACCCUCAACAGUCCUCUCUUUGACAAGCCCUUGAGCAGGCGGUUACGCAGAGUCUCUUUGUCGGAGAUUGGCUUUGGGAAGCUGGAGACAUACGUGAAGUUGGACAAAUUGGGAGAGGGAACCUAUGCCACUGUCUACAAGGGAAAGAGUAAACUCACUGACAACUUGGUGGCCUUGAAGGAGAUCCGUCUUGAGCAUGAAGAGGGCGCCCCUUGCACAGCCAUUCGGGAAGUUUCACUUCUAAAAGAUUUGAAACAUGCCAAUAUAGUGACCCUGCAUGAUAUCAUCCAUACAGAGAAAUCCCUGACUCUUGUCUUCGAGUAUUUAGAUAAAGACCUCAAACAGUAUCUAGAUGAUUGCGGGAACGUAAUAAAUAUGCACAAUGUGAAGUUGUUCCUGUUCCAGCUGCUACGUGGCCUAGCCUACUGUCACCGUCAGAAGGUGCUGCAUCGAGACUUGAAGCCCCAGAAUUUGCUUAUUAAUGAGAGAGGGGAGCUCAAACUAGCAGAUUUUGGACUAGCCCGGGCAAAAUCUAUCCCCACCAAGACCUAUUCCAACGAGGUGGUAACACUUUGGUACCGACCGCCUGAUAUUCUGCUGGGCUCGACAGAAUAUUCCACCCAGAUUGAUAUGUGGGGUGUGGGCUGCAUUUUCUAUGAGAUGUCCACAGGGCGGCCGCUCUUCCCAGGCUCCACAGUUGAGGAGCAGCUGCAUUUCAUUUUUCGGAUAUUGGGGACACCCAAUGAAGAGACAUGGCCUGGAAUCCUGUCCAAUGAAGAAUUCCGAGCGUAUAAUUACCCCAAAUACCGUUCGGAGGCCCUGAUCAACCAUGCCCCUAGGCUGGACAAUGAUGGGGUUGACCUUUUAGGAAAGCUGCUGCAGUUUGAGGGCAGGAAGCGGAUCUCUGCAGAUGAGGCCAUGCGUCACCUGUUCUUCCACAGUCUGGGAGAGCGGGUCCUCAAACUUCCAGACACAACAUCAAUAUUUGCACUAAAGGAGAUUCAGUUACAGAAAGAGACUGGGCUGAGAUCUGCUUCCCUGCCUGAAUCAGUGAAUGGUCAGAAUGGACGACCAAGCCUGCUGCUUUGAAGCCUACAGUUCUGGGUUGGCAAGGGUAGAAAGAAGCCAGGUUUUCCCCCCCACCCCACCCCACGGACUAUCUCCACUGGUGGCUUCUUGGUAUUGAACUGUGGCAUGAGGACCUUGUGCUGGGAAUUUGUUGGGGCAAAGGUGGGGGGCCCUGGAACUAAGCAGAAACGUGACUGCUCCUGGCACCAACAAGCCAGCCACCGAUUCUCUGUGCCGCUGGGACGGACUCUCCCUCCCUCCCUCUCACACACACGGUGUUUCAUUUUAUUUUUUAAGUUUUAUUUUUUCAAUGCAAUAUUAUAAAUAUUAUAUUUACAAAUAUCUAUACAGACAGAGAGAGAGAGACACCCCCGCACCCUAGCCUCUCCAUUAAUGGGGGGGGGUGUACAGUAUUAACUAUGAGGGAGCCAAUCCCCUCCCUGUCUCAUCCCUGUAGUGGGCCAGGUGGAGGGAGGAGAAGCACUAGGGCCAGAGUAGUUCCAUCCUUUGCACUCCAUAAUCUAGGAAUCGAUGGGAUUGGGGAGGUUGUUAGUAUUUCGGAUGAUGAGUGGACUCCUCCUUCCUAGCUAGAAUCACUUUCUUUGGACGUGGUGGGUGCUCUGUUUUCCUGGCCUAACCGUGUAUUUUGAAGUCCAGGGGUGGACCAGGCAACCAGAUGUCCUCUGAGAAUUCGCAAAUCUUUGGAAAGAUGGUCCUUCUUUUCCUGUCUUCUUUCUUAUUGGGACUUUCUGGCUGCAAGGGUGCUCUCUUUCUAAACUCUUUUUGCUCAGCUUCGGAGCUACUUCCACCUCCUUCUCACACCAAAGGGGAGUCUCCUUUUUGAUCCCUUGAGUCUUGACUGGUGCCUCGCCUGGGCUUGUGCUUGGUUAGUGCUCUCAAUCCUGACUUAACUCCUGUUCAUCUGUUACGGCUCUUAUAUUACUUGCUUGGUACUCAGGGUUUCCAUUUCUUCCUUUGCCUUUCCAGACGCAGUCCACUGACUUCUAGUCCAGACACAGGCAUCAGCUAUUCGAGUAGGCCCUGUGCAGGAAAUUCCCAGUGGAUUGUGCCUUGUUCUCUCACCACUGAUCUUUGUUUUCUAUGUAUACUACAGUCCCUAGGUGAUCAUGACCUGUAGCUUGUCUUACAUUUCUUAUAUCCAAAUGACUAUGUUAGAAUGGGCCCAUCAACAUCUUUCUCUGAUGCUGUGAUGCUUAUUUUGGUAUGAAAAUCUUGGCACUUUCACAAAAGUUUUGGACACCACCACCCCUCAACCUCAGUAAGCAGGACCAGCAGUUGAGGAAUAUGGGCGUAAUCAUCCAAAACUAGAACUAUAAAAUGCCAGCCUUUAUUUGGUCUUCUUCAUGCAAAUCAUUUGCCUUGUCUCAGUGCUGUUUAGAUUUUCAUAUCAGUUCCUAUAAUUUUCAGUCCCAUGAUUAUCAUUGUAACAAUUUACAGUAGCAGGUUCUCAGUACUUAGUUAUGUAGAUUACAUAAUUCCCAUUAAUUCCCAUACUGUUUUGAAUCCAAAGUAAAGAAGAAAGAACAUCUGUUCUGCAGUCAGCCACACACCAAUUAUCUCUUCUACCAUUGAGAAUCAGACACACUUAAGAGGCAAUGGGCCCUUUCCCCAGCUAUGUUUUCACUGGUUUCAAAGAUUGUUCAAUUCCUGUCUGUGCUUCUUCUGGAGGAACUGGCCCCCUUUGCUUUAACCAACAUCCCUCCAAAGCUAGCUGCUUUUGGGAUCGACUUUUUACUCAGAAGACUCUGAUGCCCUUUCCUUCUGCUCUGUGUAUUGCAGUCUUGGGCUUUUUAGAGAUUCAUCCCUGUAUGCCGGAGCCUUCAAUAUUUAGAGAAAAAAGUCUCCAUGGGACCGGCCUGUGUUUGGACUCUCUCUGCUUCCACUUCUCCUACAACUAGGGGAGCUGAUUUACAGGAAAGGGGAAAUGCCCAACAGUAUCACAGCUCCCCAGGCCAGGACUGUUCCUUUAUGCUCAGGGCACAGAAACUUCAGUGCACAGAACUGAAAGGCGGAGAUCCAUCUCCUAGAGUUUGUGCUCCCAGGGAUAUUAGACAAGGUAGCUUAUAAGGUUCCAAGAUCUUCCCUUGAUGAGAGCCAUAAGAGGAACUGUUCUAGUUACUGUUACAACGCUCAGGCAACUUAAAAAGGAUUUCUGAAAAUGCCUACAGAGAACAUGCAGAGAUGUAGCCGACCUUGUGAAUUGGGAUGCCAGGAGUUUGCGCUGUUGGUGACCUCUUGCCUUGACAUUCAGAUGCUGCUGCCCAUGCAGUGGGAACAUUUGGAGAAAAAUCUAGCCUACAAUACUUUGCCCAGCAUUCACCUCUGUGCAUAGGCUGAAAGUAACCAGUGCUCGGCUCAGGGGAUAAGAAGGUUGUGUUUACACAGGCAUCCUAAUAAGCAGGAAGGACCAGCCUCUGUCCUUCAGCUUAGUGAAUAUCUACAGGUCUUUUUUAGCCUACUAACCUUGCAUGAUCCUUCCCUCAGUUAUUGCCUACUGGGUUUUUGACUAUGGCCUUCCAGGUCCUUCCUUUUGUCUCCUCUUUCAACUGCACCUUAGAAUCAGAAACCUCUCUAGUUGAGGGAUAAUUUUCUCGUCCCUCUAAUCAGAGUUUUCAGCUUCUUCCCUAGAACAUGUCUCUGAAGCGCCCUGGACCUAGUGGUUCAAAAUGUUUCUCUGCCUCAAAACUGACCUGUUCUUAGUAGGUCUGAAAUGAGAUCACACUUCCGGCAGGAACUCACCAGCCAUAAUAUGUAUGUUUUGUUACUUCCAUUCUUGCAGACAUGAUCUGUCAAUAUAAUACAGCACUAGACUUGGUUUGCUGCCAGAAUCUUGAUUGUAAAUGUACAGUGAGUCUAUAGCUGAGGUUGCUCAGUUUAAAAUCGUGAAAAACUGGGGAGAUCAGAAGACAGUUUAACUAAGGUUUACUGAAUGCAGUGUUGAAUCAUAGGUAAUACAAACUGUGGAUUCAAGACCCCACUUGAGACCAUGGUUUUAAGGGCUGAUUUGCGGCAUUCUUUACCCAUUGUUAAUCCAAAUAGACCUCAACCCUAGUGAAAGACCACAAACCAUAGCUGAUUAAAUAUUGAGUCUAUAUGGGACUGGUAGGAAUUCAUAUUAUGCUGUGGUUGAGUAGAUUAAUGGAGAAAUAUGGCCAAGAUAUACAGGGCUACCUUUGUGAGAGGGGUCCAGAAUCUGAUCUGGUUUAGUUUAUGGAAUUCCCAUUCUCUGUCUUCGUUGAAAGAGAAGAAGUGAAGUUCUUGUAGCCGAGAUGUGAUACAUGAGGUAUUCUGCAAACACAAAUAGGCUUUAUUGAAUUUUCAGGAAUUUGGGGAAGUGUGAGUUCAGAAUAAUACUGACAAUUUGGGAGGACCUAAACUGGAUUCAGGAUUCUCAGAAGAGACAGCAGGAACAAAUGCCAUGAUGGCUAAACCAGUUUGCUUAUAGUAUGGAUGUAUUCUUAAUCCAACCUAUUAUGAGAGCUUUUAUGCGAGAAGAAAACUGAAGAUGGCCUGUUGGGAAAUGAAUGUACAGAGGAUUUGGAUGUUGCUUUUGAGGAGGGUGGGGAAGGGCAAAGCCUCAUAAUUUGUUUCUGGACUGGAGACAAGCAAUCAACCUCUUCUUGCAGGAAACAGAAACCCAGGAAUGGAUAAUCAUUAGCAUAUGGAAUGGACUAGCUCCACGGGCCUCCCCCACCUCAGUCCUGCUUCCCUCCACAUCUCAGUGGAGUAGAUACGGAGUUUGUUCUCCUAGUAUGGAAGAAGAAACUCUGUUGUUGUACAUAACUUGAAUUGGGGGAGAACCUUCUGUUUCAAAGAGCAAAGUUUACCAUUAUAGAAGAAAAGUCCCUAAGGAACAAGAUGAACUAUCUUUUCUCUCUCCCCUCAUGCUCUGUCCACCUUCUUUGGGGUUAAUUAAUGCACCAUAUCCAAAUGUAUGGAACUGAUUAAAAGUCUCCAACAAUC